UCGUGCACUAGGAAUUUUUCCCUCAUCACACAUGAGGAAUGAGGGAUCGUGUCUGUGUCUGUGAGGAGAUGCAUACACGAGAGGGUGAGAGUAUGUGUGACACGACAGCCAUGAUAAUCCGAAGUCACAUAUCCGGCUGAGUUUUCCUGGUAUUAAAAAAAAAAGAUAGCCACCUCGAUGGUCAAUACAUGCAUGAUUUUAAUACAUCUCAGAUGUGAUACGUGUCACUGGAGUUGUUAGUGCUGAGUGGGAUUAAUCGGGAGUCAUUCGACGCCUUUUGGGGUCUUUGAGGUAUUUUGAUUGUUGCGGGGAUCAUGGAGUGGCAGAAUGUGCCAGCAGUUUAGGAGUUUUCGAGGGAAUUCAGGGGCUCUGGUCAUUGGGGAUUUGGGAGGUGGUGGGUUUCGGUGGUGAGGUGACGGAGAGGAGUUUAUGAUGCCGUUGGCUAAUCAAACGCUCCCUUGGAAUCAGCAGAAUGUGAUUGAAAAGGUGUCCCCUGAAAUACUGCCUGCUGAGAAUCAAGAAACAAUGACGGCACCAGGUCCUGGCUUUCCAGAUGCCAAUUCAAAUGGUCAUGGAGAGUCACACGAGAUCGAAGUCCGUGAAGUUGUACGUGAUGGCCAUGAAAAAGCUGACCCUAGUCAUUUUGAGUUACUCAAAGUCCUGGGUCAGGGCUCAUUUGGAAAAGUAUUUCUCGUUCGAAAAGUCGUUGGCAGAGACAAGGGCACAUUGUACGCAAUGAAGGUCCUCAGGAAAGCAACGUUAAAAGUCAGGGAUAGAGUUAGAACGAAAAUGGAGAGGAAUAUUCUCGUGGAUGUUGAGCAUCCAUUCAUCGUUCGUCUGCACUAUGCUUUCCAGACUGAAGGCAAACUCUAUCUUAUUCUCGACUUUUUGAGGGGAGGGGAUUUAUUCUCACGUUUAUCCAAAGAGGUGAUGUUCACCGAAGAAGACGUUAAAUUCUACCUAGCUGAACUAGCCCUCGCCCUGGACCACAUUCACAACCUGGGGAUCAUCUACAGAGACCUGAAGCCUGAGAACAUUCUGCUGGACUCCAAUGGCCACAUGUCCCUCACAGACUUCGGCCUGAGCAAACAGCCCCUGGACGACACAAAGACCUACUCCUUCUGUGGAACAGUGGAGUACAUGGCCCCAGAAGUGGUAAAUCGUCAAGGCCAUUCGUUCGCUGCUGACUGGUGGAGUUUUGGAGUCCUCAUGUUCGAGAUGUUGACAGGAGCCCUUCCCUUCCAAGGGGCAAAUCGAAAGGAGACAAUGACCCAGAUCCUCAAAGCAAAACUAGGAAUGCCCUACAACAUAUCCCCAGAGGCCCAGUCCCUCCUGCGAGUCCUCUUCAAGAGAAAUCCAACCAACAGACUGGGAUCCAAGGGAGUCGAUGAGAUCAAGAGUCACCCGUUCUUCGCCUCAAUCGACUGGCAGGCGCUCUAUCAGAAGAAAGUCAAGCCCCCCUUCAAACCAGCAGUCAGUGAAGAGGACGAUGCUUUUUACUUCGACAGUGAAUUCACGUGCAAGACACCCAGAGACUCACCAGGGCUGCCACCCAGUGCCACAGCUCAUGAAUUGUUCCGAGGCUUCAGCUUCAUUGCUCCAGGACUGCUGGAGGAUCACUCGAAACCACCGGAUUUGAGGAGUGUCGAGAGCAUCAGCAGUGUCUUCCCGACUUAUGUCAAUCCAGCACCUAUCAGGGAGGAGUAUGAAUUCAAGGAAGAAAUAGGUAAGGGAAGCUAUAGCACAGUGUACCGAGCAGUUCACAAGACGACGAAGCUGGAGUGCGCGAUAAAAGUGAUCGACAAAUGCAAGAGAGACCCAACCGAAGAGAUAGAGAUUCUGCUGAGGUACGGUAGGCACCCGCACAUCGUGACGCUGCGAUCGGUCCACGAAGACGAGCGUCGAGUCUACCUCAUCCUGGAGCUCCUCAAGGGGGGCGAGCUACUGGACCGGCUCAUGGAGAGGAGAAACUUCACCGAGCGAGAGGCCGCCGAGGUGACAUUUACGAUAGCCAGUGUCGUUAAUUACCUGCACGAGAAUGGGGUAGUCCACAGGGACCUCAAGCCCUCUAACAUUCUGUACUCAAAGCCUGGUGGUGAUCCCAGUGGUUUGUGCAUCUGCGAUCUGGGCUUCGCCAAGCAGUUGAGAGCUGAGAAUGGAUUACUCAUGACGCCCUGUUACACAGCCAAUUUUGUGGCACCUGAGGUGCUCAAGAGACAGGGCUACGACGCUGCCUGCGAUAUCUGGUCCCUCGGGGUUCUACUCUACAUCAUGCUCGCUGGGUACACACCGUUUCCUAACAGUCCUGGUGACAGUGCCAGUGAUAUUCUUAAUCGCAUUGGCCCGGGGUAUGUGGAUCUGGACACUGGGGUCUGGGGCUGCAUCUCGGGGGAGGCGAAGGAACUCGUGAGGAGGAUGCUGCAUAUUGAUCCCCACAGGAGGCCUACUGCUGCUGGCGUCUUGAGGAGCACGUGGAUCGUCAACAGGGCCAAUUUGCCGCAGAAAGUAUUACCUGGGGUUGGACGAGAUCCUCGUAGUUUAAAGAAUGCAGUUGCUGCAACGUACAAAGCCAUGUCCAACAGUCCAGGUCUGCCCCACAUCGGUCCCGUAGUGAUGUCAGACCUGGCACGUCGUAGAGUCCAGGCAAAGCCCACAGGAGUAACAAAACUCUAAUAAAAUAUCAAAUCAAUCUCCUGAAAUUCUCGUACUCUUAGCCAUUCGAUCAAAUGCAUGAUUGACAUCGACCGACAGUGCAUUAGCCCAACAAUAACGAGAGUGAUCAAGUCGUCCACUGGUGCCAAUGUGUAAUUAACUCGAGACUAUUCAUUUGCCAGUAUUUAAAUUAUCAGUCUCAGUUCGAUUAAUCAAUUAAAUAUAUACAUUCCAUAUGUUUUCAUCGAUUAAACUUAGUCAUUGAGGUAGGAAAAAUAAUUUAAGUCCUCUCACCAAAGCCACUGAGGAUUGAAAAAUUAAUUAAUAAGUGUCACUGAUGAGAUAUAAACAGCACAGAGUGUUAAUUAAUUCGUGCAAUGUGAUUGUAUUUUUUUUAUCACUUAAAAAUCAUUAGAUGUUCGAUAAAAAAAAAGUGUUUUAUAUAGGUCUUAAGGAGAAUUAAUUGUUGUUGAUGUCUGACAAAUUUUAAAACGGACAGAAUGAAAAUUUAUUCUAAAGAGAUAAUGUUAUAUAAGAUCUUCCAUGAUUGUUGUUCGAUUGAUGGCACUAAUUGGUGUUGACGGGGGGGGGGAUUGUCUUUCAUGGAUACACACAUACCUCGUUAGCUUCAUAUACAAGGCCUUGAAUUUUUUAUGAUAUUCAUUAGCUUUUUGGGAUUUUUGUGGAACUCUUAGUGUUUUGUACAUUGUCUCUGUGUCUAGUAGCACUUUUGCAUUUCUAGGGAGAGGGAUUGGGGUGCUGUUGAUUGAUUGAUUAUCGAUAUUUGUUGACGGGUUAGUGGAGAUUGAGGUGUUGUUGGUGUUUUUAAAGUCAAUAGAUUGAUUGAGAAAAGAGAAUUCAGUAGUAAAGUGAUGAAAUUUCGUGAGAUAUUUUUCAUAGAACAUAAAAUUCUCCACAAAAAAUGUUCUUUGUUUCUGAGAUGAAGACCAUUAAUUGAAUUAAUGCAGAAACAUUGCAGAUUAGAUUGUUUAGAGUUCACUAUUUUACUACUGAAUUAUCUUCUUGUGAAUAAUGCUUCCCUGUUCAGAGUAUGAUUGUUCAAAUGUUGAUAAACAAAAAUUUUAAUCUCAUUGUCAGAACAUGUAUUGCCAUAAUCAUAGGAAUAAUUCCCCCUAAGAUAUUUUAAAAUAUAUUAUAGAUUAUUUCUACGUUCCCUGUCAACGCUUACAAAGAUGAAUUUAUUCAAAAUUACCUGUAAUGUGAGAAGAGAUGAGAAGAGAUGAAAGAAUAUACUUAACAUUGUCAAUUGCA